AUGAAGAUCUCUCUUUUUGCCGUUGCUGGCUUGGCCUCGCCCUUGAUGAUACAGCAAGCUGCUGCCAGUGGCAAAGCGACUUAUUAUGGUGGAAAUGUGGGCGGGAAUGCUUGUGGAUUCAACAGCAUGAACACCGGAUCCUUUCCCUAUGGAUUCGGUGCUGCGAUUGGUGGCAACAAUUUCAACAAUGGAUAUGGCUGCGGUGGCUGCUACAAAGUCACGUGCCUUGGCCCCUAUGGCAAUAACCCUUCCUGUCACUGUCACCCAGAUCACCCAACUGUUACCGUAUGGGCCAAUGAUCAAUGCCCCGAAUGCGCAGAUGAUCACAUUGACUUGAACACAGAGGCUAUGGAGUACAUUGUUGGCGAUGGAUUGGCUGGCACAUGUGGAGAGAUUAGCAUCGAGUUUGAGCAGGUCAAUUGCGACUUCGACGGCGACAUUGCGGUCCGAUCCAAGUCUGGCACAAGUGCCUACUGGUAUGGAUUGCACGUGGACAAUGUAGCUGGUUAUGGAGCCAUCAGCAGUGUUACCCUGGAGGAAGAAGGAAACACUCACACCUGCGCCAAAUCGGAAGGUCCUUCGUUCUGGAAGUAUCAGGGAGGACGGAGUCUGACCUGCAAUGGUUGCAUUGACAACUUUAACGGCGGCACUUCCUAUGGUUUUGGAGACAACUUUGGAUCUGUAUUUCCCACUGGUGGCACUCCAACUGCGCCGUCGCCUACUGCUGCCGCGCCUACUGGCAGCAGUCCAUCUGGUCCGUCGCCUACUGCUGCAUCGCCUACUGCUGCAUCGCCUACUGCUGCCUCGCCUACUGGCGGCAGUCCAUCUGGUACAGAUUGCUGUACCUGGAACGGACAGGAUUGUGGUGGUAGUGCUUAUUGUGAUCAUAGCAAGUCCAGAUGCGAGUGUAAUGGUGAAUCCCAUUGCGAAAGCGAAUGCGGCGGCCAGUGGCUCGCAGAUGUGGGGGAUUUUGUGCUUGGCGAUCACUGCUGCUCAUGGGACACGGCAUGCGGGCCUGACGAUUACUGCAACACGCAACAAUCCAAUUGCGAAGUCGAUUGCGGCGGAAAUUGGAUCGCAAAUCCUGACUACGGCAACGGCGGAUCCAACCCUGACCCAACUCCAAGCCCCACCAAGGCACCGGUUCCUGACCCUACGCCAAGCCCCACCAAGGCACCGGUUCCUGACCCUACGCCAAGCCCCACCAAGGCACCGGUUCCGGCUCCCACACCCGCUGCAGGUGGCAGUGGAUACUGCAACUACAAUGGCUGCAAUGGCGUUCACGAGGGAGGGGACUGGUGCAACGCUGAACAGUCCAGGUGCGAAGGAAACUGCAAUGGUGUAUGGUGCAGUGGUGGACCCAGCCCAGUCGCAAGCCCCACGGAUGCACCAGUGUCAUCACCGACACCUGCCCCAGUUCCCACCGCUGGUCUCAUCCCUGGAAGCACCCAUGGAGAGCUCACUAUGUGGACAGGAUCCGAGCCAGGUCCUCUAAUGGGUGGAAGCUGUGAGUAUGCAAUGGCCGACUCUGUUUCGGUUGGAGACCACUGGUUGGAUCCCUAUGUGAAGCAAAAGAUGUACUGUGCUGUGAGCGCUGAUCUGUAUGCCAAUGGUGUCGGCUGCGGUAAAUGCUACCGUUUGGUCUGGGAUGGUUCCGAGCCUGGAACGGACCCUGGAACUCCCGGCAGUGCCGAAAUCCAAGUUGUCGACUCUGGAGCAGGCGGUGAUUGGCACUUUGAUUGCUUCCUUGAUGCCUUUAGUCAAAUUGUUGGAGCUUCUACUGGAAUCUUCCCAAUUACCUACGACGAAGUCCCUUGCGAUCCCAGCCCCGCCACAGCCGUCAUCAAGGAUGGAUUUAACGCCUACUAUGUCAAGGUUUUGAUUGCUGGUGGAACCACUGGUGUCGCUGCUGUGGACAUCAAAAUUGGUGGCGUCACGCACCCUAUGUUCAAGGUCUCAGGUGCAACUUGGGCUGCAAACCUCGGUGGGUUGACAAACACCGACGUUGGAUACUUCAUCACCUUUGCCGAUGACACCACUGAAACGUUGACGGGCUGCCAUGGCGGAAGCUGGCCCGUGGCUACCGGAUCAUACUGUACCUAG